AGGCUCUCUUUUUCGUCACUGGCCUUCCCCUGUCACUUGACGUUUAACAAUACUAGACAUCCUCCUUCAUUGCCUGAUAUUGCAACAGAACGCAUCGCUUCCUCCUCAGACCCGUACAGCUUUUGCUCUAUUAUCUAUCGCGCAGAUAAACUGUAACACAAUGCCUCACUCAUUCCCAUUCCUCUCUACGGAGCAGAAGAAGGAGCUCAGUGAUAUUGCUCAGAAGAUCGUCGCCCCCGGCAAAGGAAUCCUCGCUGCCGAUGAGUCCACAGGCAGCGUGGCCAAGCGCUUCCAAAGCAUCAACGCUGAGAACACUGAGGAGAACCGCCGUCUUUACCGCCAGCUCCUCUUCACGGCCGACCGCAUAGAGCCAUGCAUCGGCGGAGUCAUCUUUUUCCAUGAGACCCUGUACCAGAAGACAGACGACGGCAAGCUGUUCCCUCAGCUCAUCAAGGAGAGAGACAUGGUGGUGGGCAUCAAGGUGGACAAAGGUGUCGUCCCCCUGGCCGGGACCAACGGAGAGACCACCACUCAGGGUCUGGAUGGGCUGUACGAGCGGUGUGCCCAGUACAAAAAGGACGGAGCUGACUUUGCUAAGUGGCGUUGUGUGCUGAAGAUCACUGACACCACCCCCUCAGAGCUAGCCAUCAAGGAGAAUGCCAACGUGCUGGCCCGCUACGCGAGUAUCUGCCAGAUGCAUGGCAUCGUGCCCAUUGUGGAGCCCGAGAUCCUGCCAGACGGAGACCAUGACCUGAAGCGCUGCCAGUAUGUUACUGAGAAGGUUCUGGCUGCAGUGUAUAAGGCUUUGUCUGACCACCAUGUAUACCUGGAGGGCACCCUGCUGAAGCCCAACAUGGUCACCCCAGGACACUCCUGCUCCCAAAAGUACAGCAACCAGGAGAUAGCCAUGGCAACUGUCACCGCCCUGCGCCGCACCGUGCCCCCGGCUGUGCCUGGCAUCACCUUCCUGUCUGGCGGCCAGUCUGAGGAGGAGGCCUCCAUCAACCUGAAUGCCAUGAACCAGUGUCCCCUUCACCGGCCCUGGGCCAUCACCUUCUCCUACGGCCGCGCCCUGCAGGCCUCCGCCCUCAAGGCCUGGGGAGGCAAGCCAGAGAACGGCAAGGCCUGCCAGGAGGAGUUCAUCAAGAGAGCCCUGAACAACAGCAAGGCCUGUCAGGGCAAGUAUGUUUCCUCCGGAGACAAGGGCGCCGCCGGCGGAGAAUCCCUCUAUGUGGCCAACCACGCCUAUUAAGUAUGGACCCACCCCUUUCAAUAUCAAACCUGACCCACACUAUCCACUCACCUGAUACAGUUCUGUCCCGACCCCGCCCCCUUCGUGGGCCUAUUCCUGUUACUCUUUUCUUCCCAAAACUCUUCCCCUCUUCCACCUUUUUUUGUGUUGCUUUGGGAUUGUGAUGUCACUGUUAUGUCAUUGUGUAGUUCAGGAAAGUUGUGUGUUUUAUCACUUUUUUUUAAUUUUAGCACUCAAACAUCUCCUCGAGAGAAGAAUCUGUGAUCCUCUGCCCAUAGUCAUUCCCCAUUCACUGCUGAGCUUGAGAGUUCCAGCUCUUUGUCCCCACCCCCCCACUGCUUACAUGCUCCUCCUCCCCAGACUGCCCCUCCUGAUUCAGUGUUGUCAUCUUGAUGAUUCCUAAGUACAUGUGCCUUCUUCUCUCGACUGAAAAAAACACUAGAGGAAGACCUUUUAGAGUAUAUUAUUAAUGUUUGAUAUUCUAUACACUGGAAAUAGAAAUAAAGAAUCAUAUUCACUAAA